AUGGCUGCGACGGAUUAUGACGCAUUGGUUGCCCUAUAUCAUGCGACCGAUGGGGCAAACUGGAAGCAAAACAGAAACUGGAUCACGGAUACAGACCUCUCGCAAUGGUACGGCGUGGAACUCAACGACCAGGGCCGUGUGGCGUGUCUCAAUCUGUACUCCAACAACCUCCGAGGUUUAAUCCCCAAGGAGCUGGAAGCCCUCACUAUGCUCGAGCAGCUUCUUCUCGCCUACAACCAGCUUCAAGGACCCAUCCCUGAGGUGCUGGGAAAUCUAAGCAAGCUGAGGGAAUUGUGGCUCAGUAACAACCAGCUUUCAGGAUCCGUCCCGGAGGCGCUGGGAACUCUCAAGGAGCUGAGGGGGCUGUGGGCCAGCAACAACCGGCUUUCAGAUAUUCCUGGAGCUACGGCGGAAAGAUUGAAAGCAAUGCCCGAGCUCAGCGUCGACCUUAAAGGUAACCCGUGGGAGACACCUCCGUGGAACGUCAUCCAAGGUGGCUGGGAUCAGGUCGUCAGCUUCCACGAAGGAUUAUCUCAGUCCGGAGGCCAAGUCGUGCCGAGUCUGAAGGUUGUGCUUGUGGGCGCGGUGGGUGCCGGCAAGACCACGCUGGCGCGGGGUUUGCUGGACGGAAAAAUCGCACAAACGCUUCCUCCCAGAACUCGCGGCAUUGACGUGCAUAUCCAACCGUGGGUACCAGACUUCGACCCGCCGCUUGAGGUUUUGAUCUGGGAUUUCGCCGGGCAUGAUGACUACCAUUCUACCCACCAGAUGUUUCUAACCGACGGAGCGCUGCACCUUCUCGUAGUAGACCUCCACAAGUUCGACCGAGACGUCCUCUCGCGGGGGGGGGGGGUCUACAUUUGGCUGGACUCACUACUCUGCCGGGUCCCCGGGAGUGCCGUUCUCGUCGUAGCAACACAUGCGGACGCCUUUGGUGAUGAUCACGAGCGGUCAGCCGGAGCUCUCGAAGCCCUUAAGGCAGCGGUCACGGAGCACCUGGAAACGAAACGGCAGGAUUGGCUGGCCGCCAAGCGACUAGAAGAGCGCGAACUUAUGUCACAAGCCCGGCCCGCCUCCACGGGACGCGAUUUUAUGUCCGAGUCUCCGGCAGAUCGCUCAAAACCGGCACCGCCCUCACUCCACCUAUGCGGUUUCAUUUCGGUGUCCGGCCGCAGCUUGGACGGCUUAUCGACUGUCGGGGAAAAGAUCUGGGAGGUAGCCAACGAGCCCGCCGUGUUUCCUAGCGUCCGCAAGAUUGUUCCGGGAAUAUGGAGGAGGGUAUGGGCCGUCAUGGACGCCCUUCAUGUUGGGGCAGAUCCAGAUUCGGCGGUGCGGCUGGAGGGCCCUGUCGUUACGAUCGAAGGGCGCGACAAGCACGAAUUUGUGACCGAGGAACAAGCCUUUGAGGUGUGGUCGCACGCGGAUCGUGAGUCGGCGACACAGUUGGAGGCCGCUGGGCACUUCGGCGAGCAGCUUCGUCUGGUCUCCUCCCGGCACUUCAAGGCGGCGCUCAACCUCCGUCAUAUGGGCGGAUCUGUACUGGCGGUGUGCGGCCUAAUUCACCUGAACCCGUCGUGGAUCAACGUUCUGCUGCGAGAGGUGUUGGACCACCGCUUGACAGAUCCGAACGAGGACGAGUGGUGGUGGAAGCAGCUGAAGGCAUACGAGCGAAACCGCGGCAUUCCAAUCAACGAACUUUUGGAGACCCACAGACACUUUACCACCACGGGUAUUCUGACGGAGGAGUUCCUUCGUUUCCUGUGGCGGGACGUCCUGAAGGGCGUCGACGAGAAGGUCUUUGCCCGUCUGGUCGAGACGAUGACUGCGCACGACGCCAUGUUCCCGUGCAAUGACGGCGUCACCGAAGGUAACGUCAGAGAGUUCAUGGUUCCCGCUCGGCUUCCGGACGGCGUCACUGGUGACUCCUUCGCUAAACUAGAGGACGCGAUGUCCCGGGGCACGCGCAUGCAGUUCGUGAUCGAAAUCUACGCCAAGUACGUUCCGCCGGCGAUCAUCGCGAAGUUCCUGGGCGGAUUCGGCCGGGAUGAGAGUGGAGUCUUCCGAAACUUGAUGUUCCGCACCUGCUGGGCUCGAGGGGUGGCCUUUGUGGCGGACGGACGGGAGUGCCUCGUACGAGUGGGUGAGGUUUCUGCCAGGCCUCUGCCCAUGAUCGAGAUAAACAUCGCUGGCCCUGACGUAAACGACGUGUUCAAGGUCGGGUUCGAAAUAAAAAAAAAUGUGAAGGAUCUUUUACGAGAGGCGUACCCGGGACUGGCGUUCGACUCGUCGGCUCACCCCAGGUUCGAGAACGGGACGGAAGCUUGGCAAGAUAGCUUGGAAGCACUUCAAAAGGACUUGUUCGACAAGCUCGACCAACGCCUGGAGAGUGUGCUCAGCGAAUUCCUGGAGGCUUUCAAAGGACAAAGCUUAAGCGUUAACGAGGCUGUUGCCAGGCGGCUUAACAGCCUAUGCCUAGACUGUCAGCGCGACGCCAACUUUCAGCUAGACGCGAAGGUGCAUGAGGUUGUGGCCCGCGUGGAACAGGUGGUCCGGGCGAGCCUUUCGACUACAGCUGUUCCGAAAGGUGGUCUGAACGAGACGGAGAGGGGGAUCCUGAACAGCUUGGCGCGGAACGUGGCAUUCCUACUGUGGCCGAUCCCCAGCUUGAUGUGCGUGCUCCCAGCUCGCGAAAGCGGGGCGAAACCUCUCGAUGAGAGAGACAGAUCUUUUGAGGAGUGGUCGACUGUCCUGCAGAAGAGGUGCUCCGAAGGAAAUAAAAUGGGUAGGGGGGUUGCGACGCAAAAGCUGCGCUUGUUCUUCCUCUGCCCGUUGGAUAUGAGCCUUGCCGAGUGCGGCCCUGACGGGCAAGGAUACCAGGUGACGGAGUUGUUGAGCUGGGCGAAGAAAGCAAAACCGUUGGCGGAAUUGGGGUUGGCCCUGGCUUCAAUCGCGGUCAAGGUUUGCACCGGCUUGGCGAUGCCUGCUGCCGACAUCGAGGCCGUGCUUGGGACAAACGCCGGCGGCGUCUUGUCUGAGUUCGUCGAAGAAGCGCUAACGUCGAGCGUCGAGGCGAUGGCGACGGUCGCCGGAGAGAGACUAGAAGACGGUAGCCCGGCGGAAAGGGUCCACCAUGCUGGCGCGUGCAGGCUUGAAAGAGAAAAGAUGAGGAGGCCUACCCCUGUGCAAGGGUUUGCCUACGACCAGCUGAAGGAGGUAAUCCGGAGUUUUGAUGUUGAUGAAACGCAAAAGGGCAAAUCUCCUGUCCCUAGCUUCGACAAGACCAUGCAGCUCGUGGACAGGGGCGGGCGAGGGGUAGAGUGGGCUUGGGUCAGGAGACGGAACGUUGACCAGUACGUGAGUUUGUGAGUCAAGCGUAUGGUCGGGGUGGCGACGUGUCCCUCACAUUUCUGUGACGAGGAUACGAAAAUUGACGCCGAUGAUGAUGAUGGGGUUCUUUCGUUCCUG